AUGCUUCGCAAGCUGUGCGUAGAGUAUGGCGUUAUCCCGACGUCUUUGAUUCUGCAACACCACUCCAUCACAUUGGAAACUGAUCGGACCCGACCGCAAGAGAGUGGAGGAUGCGCAGACAUCUACCUAGGACGAUGGAAUGGACAGCUUGUUGGUGUCAAAGCCAUCAGGACGUCUGAACGUGACUCUCAUCUUCACGUUCUUCAGAGGAUUGCUAGAGAAGCUGCACUUUGGAGGUGUCUCGCCCAUCCGAAUGUCGCUCCCUUCUACGGAAUUGAUCGUGAACAAUUCGAGCUAAGCAUGAUAUGUAAAUGGAUGCCCAAUGGACAUAUCAUCAAAUUCUUGGGCAACAAUCCGAACGCAAGUCGUCCGCCGUUGAUCGCGGAUGUUGCUUGUGGACUUGAAUUUCUCCAUUCAGAUCUCGUUGGCAUUGUCCACGGAGACCUCAAAGGAGCGAAUGUCCUUGUUGACGAACAGGGGCGGGCUUGUCUUUCAGAUUUCGGGCUAUCGACUACGCUCUAUAAUUGCGACACGCUGAAUACUGUCAGUCAGCACACGGGUUUUCGCUCAACAAUCCGUUGGAUGCCCCCAGAGUUGCAUGACCCGGAAAUGUUUAGGCUGAAUAGUGCAACUCCAUCUAAGGCGAGCGAUAUAUAUUCCUACGCCAUGGUUAUGUGGGAGAUAUUCACCGGGAAGGUGCCGUAUGAAGAUGUCAACUACGACGGGGCUGUCAUUCGCAAGGUUAUGAGCGGUGAAAGACCCCAGCGCCCAGUGGAAGUAUCCGACGCUAUCUGGUCUAUCAUGGAAGAUUGUUGGAAGCAAGACUAUCGCAAGAGGCCACCCAUUUGGGAAGUACGAAUUCGUCUGGAAGCGGAGUGGUACAUGCAAUUUCCAUGCGGUCUCCGUACUGAUACAGAUCAGGCGGCCGAAGAAUCGGGGAUAGGCAUAUCUGACAUAGGACAGAGGUCGUCGUCGAGUAACCUACUGCAGAGGAUGCAGCAAAGAUACUUUGCGGGGCUUGGGAGGCCAGUGCGCGGCAAAAGCGCUUCUACAUGA